UUUUGUUUAGAUGAAAUAAGCGUUAGUCCACUAAAAUCCACCCAUGUGGUUAGCUCUUGGCUGAGCUAUCAGAUGCUGGUCCUCACGGGAGGAGUCACAACCAGGUGGGGCCGGUUCCAACCUUGGAGUAUCUGAAGUAAAGAUCAAAGAGGAAGCAACCACAUUCAGGACUGGGAACGCCCACCUCCCCUACUUCCGGUCCCGUCCUUUGCUGGGCGCUCGACGGAUUGGCCCCCGGAACAGAGGGCGUGCCUGGGCGGGACUUCCGGUCUUUUGGAGAGGAAAGGUGCUUCCGCGGGUUGAGGGAAGAUUUGAACUGCUGAUUUCCUGUGUUUACUUUGCGGGGAGGUGGUUGGAGUUUCAGCUUUUCUCCCGCUACUGACUCGACGAACGUCUCGGCUAAAAAUAUUCCCCCUGUGGCCUUAUUCCUGUGCGCUUGUCACUGUUUUCUCUCAUCAAGAAACAUAACUUGUUGGUAAUUUGUCAGAUUCAUGAAAUAUCCAUCGAGAAGCAGUCGUGGGCAGACUUCAAGCAUUUUGGCAAAUUAAAGCAGGGGCCGUUGAUUGGCCUUAUUUCCGCGACUUUUCAUCUCAGAAUUGCCGUGUUGAGUCCAAGACGUUGGUGGUUGUUUUGUCUUCUCCUUGGAAGGACAUUUUAUCCAUAGUCAUAGUAAUGGCAGCUGAAGUGCGAAUGGUACUUUAUGAAGAUGAUUCCGUGCAAGUGCAAUAUGCUGAUGGUUCCAGACUACAGCUUUCUCCUUGUGGCUCUGAAUUUUUAUUUGAAAAGGCGCCUCCUGUUUCAGCACAUCCUUUAGAACGACCAGAAAGAAUUCGUCAAAGGACACAUUUUGUUAUCAGCACUUACCGAGAGGAACUACAGCGAGCCCUAGAUUUUCGAAAUUCUUUUGCUACUUGCCCUUUUUUAUCUGAAAGCAUCAUACCUUCUGAAAGAAAAAAGCGUAUCUUCAUUGACUUCUCAGAAGUCAGAUGGCCCAGUCCUGAUACUGAUGAUGGCAUGCUGUGUAUGCAGAGCGGCACCGUGAAGAUAUCAUCAUUAGAUGGGCAUGCAUACCUUUGUCUGCCGAGAUCGCAGCUUGAAUUUACAGUACAUUUUUUGUGUAAAGUAAGCCAGAAGCCAGAUUCAUCUAUAGUAUUGUCAGAAAAGAAGAUUCAAGCCAGAAAGGACAAACUAGAUGAAACAGCAGGCAAAAUCUGUACAUAUGGAAGUUUAUCAAGACAGAGACUGAAGAAUAAAGAAAACGAACUUUACUAUCAGACCAUGAAAUCCAAGGAACCUUUGGAGAAAAAGAGCUGUGUAAAUGGAGCCGAAGGGAGUGGCGAGCCACCUCUGCCUGGUACAAAACACACGUGUGUAUACACGUGGGUGAAACAAUGCUGGCCUGUGGCCUCCUGUCCAGAGGAAUGGAAAUAUCCCUUGUCUUUAGCACUGCAUUUGCAUAAUAAAAUCAGCAGUGUGUCUAGAAUUGAUGCAGCCAUCACCCAGAAUAAAACUUUGACUUCUGAUAUUUCAGAGGAAAGAGGAAAAGAGGUUUCUGUUCUUCCCAGGGCCCUGUUACUCAGCUGUCCUGUCCCACACCUGCACAGGUGGAAUUUUUGUGAUUCACUUUCACAAGGACAGUUUGAUGAAGAAUAUUCCUAUCCUGAACUAGUGAAAGUGGUUUGGUACAAAGGUGUGACUUAUCGACUUACCCAUAAAAAUGUGAACUCAAUAGAGAUUUAUCCUGGAGAUGGCUCUGUUUUCAAAUCUGAGGGAGCUCAUUUUGGGAGCUAUUUUACUUAUUAUUCCAUUCAGGAACGAUCAGAAGAGAAAGAAGAGAAAACUUAUUCAGUAAAUAACCUUCCUCCUGAUAGACCAGGAAGUCUGUUCUCUGUGUGUUCUCUAAUUAAACAGGCAACCAGAAUUCUUCAGCACUGUGCGAAGACAAGGCUUUCUUUAAGCCAUAACUAUCGUAUAUGCUGCUGGAAAAUGGUACCUGGGAUAAAUGAUAGCAAUAUACUGCCUUUACUUUUGAGAGAAUCGCUCAUACCCAGCGUGGGAAGAUUUCUUGCAUACUCUGAUGACAAAGUACAUGCUCUCUUUUUAAAUGGCAUUACUCUAACCCUAAAUUGGAAUUUCAGCUCUUUUACUGAAAAGAGACAGGUAAACCAAGGUCUCAACUUAGCUUGGUGUAAGUUAACUUUUCCUGAUGGGCAAGAUCAGUUAAUUCAGAUUCAACACCCUGGACCAUAUGAAAGAUAUGUGACAGCAGUCAUAUCAUGGUGCAGAAGCCUGACCCAGACUAAUCAGAGAGACAUGCCCACACAUUCUUCAUCUUCUAUUCUUGAAGAAAAUUGGUCUGUGGCCUCUGAACUUGAAAAGAUAAAGAAGUUUAACUUGUUACUGGAGAAUAGUGGUAUCCUAAACCAGAUUUCCAACAAAGAAAAUGAACGGUCAUCUGAUCAUUAUGAACCAAAACCUUCAGAAACCUUGCUGGAAGAAGUUAAUGAAAAGAGAGUAUCAGUGGCAUUGAAAAAAACCUCUGAAAUCCUUCAAGAUAUUGACUGUCUUCUAUUAAAUUCUAAAAAGUGAAUCACAAACCUUAAGGAUGUUGUUUCAAGUGACUAGUAUUACUAGUAAGCCAAGAAAUUACAUAUAUUACUUGUGUGCAAUGAUUAUAUGAAAAAAUGACAGUUAACUUUGGGGGUUACCUAACUUGUAAAUUUUAAGAUAUAUAUAUUUAUAAUGUACCUUAUUAAUAAAGAAAUAUUUUAGAAUUUUGAACAAUUAUUUCAUAUUUAUGAAAAAAAAUUUAUAAAAUCAUAGUUGUUACUGUUUUAUCUUGCGGAGCAUUUACUAUUAAUCCUCAAGGCUUUUUUUUUUUUUUUUUCCUUUUUA